CAGAAUAAAUGUGCAUGCUGCAACUGUAGUCCUAAGCACACUCACUUGAAAGUAGAUUCCCUUGAAGUCUAGGAGUUACUUACUUCCAAAUAGGUGGUGGCAUUUUUUACUCCACUCGUUUCUCAUAAAUCUGACCAGCACCGUUUGCUUCUGCCUGAGGUGUAAGCCUUGACAUUGUUGCUGAAUCAAAAUGUGGCUAUUUAACUGGAAGGCACUGGAAAAUUUCCCACUGCUAAUGUACAUUUUAGCAGCUAAAACAUUAAUCCUUUGCUUGGCAUUUGCUGGGGCAAAAAUAUACCAGAGGAAAAGGCUUGAGAAAAAAAUGAAAAAAGAAGAGGAGGAGAAUCUGAAAAGGGAAGAUAAAAAAGAAAAAUGAAAAGUCUUAAGAGAACUGUAGCUGUUUGGCAGCUUGCUUGGAUUCCUUUCCUAGGAGAGUUUAAGACUUCACUGAAACCGAAUGCUGUGCCAGAGAAACUUCAUUCCCCAAGAGGAACAUACAACAGUGUGUUGGAUUUUUAUAUUAUUAUUAUUUUUCUGGUAUAAGUAAGAAGAAUAUCCUGUCAGCUAUUUAUAUAAUAAAAGCUCUGUUUGUAAAACUGA